GUACACCGUACAAUGUUUUCUUAUUAAUGUAGGUACAUGUGACAGUGAAUCGUUUUUAAAUUAUAAAUGGACUAAAUAUUAGGAUGAACAAAAGGAUUAAUUUCAACUUUGUAUAUUAUUUUAAUAUUUAUACAAUGGUGUAAAUUUUGUGUACUAAAUGUUAGUGGGAAUUGAUUACUAAGAAAAUAAUUAUGACUGAAAAAAAUAUUAACUACAAAAAAGCUUCACAAUAUUGGGCAGAUAUUCCAGCAACAUUAGAUGGAGUACUUGGAGGUUUUGGUUUUAUAUCAGAUAUAGAUAUCGAAGGUUCAACAAUAUUUUUGAAAACAAUUUUAGCAUUAGAAAAUGCCCCCAAGCCUAGUUUGGCCCUUGAUUGUGGUGCUGGUAUAGGUAGAAUAACUAAGUAUCUAUUAGCACCCCUCUUUGAAAGAGUUGACAUUAUUGAACCUGAUGAAAAGUUUAUUAAUGCCAUUUCAAGUUUCGUUGGAGAAAAUAAAAUUAAAAUAGGUACUUUAUAUCAAACAAGCUUGCAAAAAUUUGAACCAGAGAGAAAAUAUGACAUUAUUUGGAAUCAAUGGGUUUUAGGUUAUUUAACAGAUACAGAUUUGAUUGCAUAUCUCUCAUGUUGCAGAGAUGCCCUUUCAAAGAAUGGAGUUCUUAUUGUAAAAGAAAAUGUUACUUCAUCAGGUAAAAUAGAGAUUGAUGAAACAGACUCAUCAGUUACAAGGCCCCUUAAACAAUAUUUAAAAAUAUUUAAACUAGCCAAAUUAAAAAGGAUAAAACAGAGUAAACAAACAAACUUUCCUACUGGAAUUUUCCCAGUUUACAUGUUUGCAUUGCUUCCCAUUGAUGUUAAUGAAUCUUGAGAUUGGUUUAUGUUAUAAUAUACAAUUAUUAAUAAAA